AGCACAGGUAUUAAUGAGCCCUCUCGCAGCUGAGGGAAGGAGCACUGGAAGAGAAUUAAUAAAGAGCACUGCGCUGCGGUGGCCAUGGCAGCGUUGCGUCGCCAAGGUUCCCCUCCCCGCAUGGGCAGCACGGCCGCGUCGACGACGAGUGCCCCGGCCACGAGGGCGCUGCGCUUCCUUCCGUCCCCGACGCACGCCCUGAUCCCUCUGCUUCGCUUCCCUUCUCCCUCCUCCCGCUCGAUCGGUUUCACCGUUCGGCGUUCACCGUCCGCGCUCUCCAGUCUCCACGGUCAGUCCGAUAGCGCCGUGCUCCUCCGAGUUAGGCGAAUUGUACUGGUGGGGAGACGGAGGCUAGCGACUAGUGUCGGGAGGUGAGAGAGGUGGGAUUGAUUGCAAGUGGGAGGCGGGGUGGGUGAUGUACGGCUCGCCGGUGCCCAAGGACCUCAACCUGCCAGCAGCCCAGCCGCAGCCGACCAGGACGCCGCCGCCGCCGCCGCCGCAGAUGAGCUCCCCGGGUCUGCUGCGGUACAGGUCGGCGCCGAGCACGCUACUCGGCGAGGUGAUGUGCGGGGAUCAGGACUUUUCCGGGGCGGCGGCGGCGGCCGGCGCGGCAGGGCACUGCCCGGAGCACGUCGCCGCGGACAACGUCCUCGCCCGCUUUCUCGCCGGGCACCACGCCGAGAUCCCGGACUGCAAGCCUACCUGCCCCACCGCGGCCGCCCACUUCAUGGAGGACGCCGCGUCCAUGGCCGCCUCACAGCAGCAGCUCAUGUACCAGUCGCAGCAGCAGAUGUCCGCUAUGGAGGGGCUGUACCGCAACGUCAGCUCCGGCGGAACGGAGCACGGCGCCGCUGCUGGCGCCGGCGGCAGCAGCCUGCUCCGUCAGAGCAGCUCCCCCGCCGGCUUCCUGAACCAUCUGAACAUGGACAGCGGGUACGGGAACAUGCUCCGGGCGGGCAUGGCCGGCGGGUUCAGGAACGGCGUCGUCAGUGACGCGCGGCUCAAGGGGCAGCUGAGCUUCUCGUCCCGCCAGGGCUCCGUGAUGUCGCAGAUCUCCGAGGUGGGCAGCGAGGAGCUCGACGGCGGCAGCAGCCCCGAGGCGGCUGGCAACAACGGCGCGGCGCGCGGGUACAGCGGCAUCCCGGGGUACCCGAUGGGCGGCUCGUCCGGCUCCUGGACGGACGAGCAGUCCCCGACGUCGUCCGGCGCGAAGCGCCCCCGCGACUCCGGCCCGGCGCCGCAGAACGGGCAGCGGCAGCAGCCGCUGGCGCCGCAGCUCAGCCUACCCGGCGGCAGCAACGGCGUCGGGAAGCAGUCCUCGGCGGAGAUGGCGGCGAUCGAGAAGUUCCUGCAGUUCCAGGACGCCGUCCCCUGCAAGAUCCGCGCCAAGCGCGGGUGCGCCACCCACCCCCGCAGCAUCGCCGAGCGGGUGAGGAGGACGAAGAUCAGCGAGCGGAUACGGAAGCUGCAGGAGCUCGUGCCCAACAUGGAAAAGCAAACCAACACUGCCGACAUGUUGGAUCUGGCCGUGGACUACAUCAAGGAUCUUCAGAAGCAGGUCAAGGUGCUGAACGACGGCCGCGCGAACUGCACCUGCUCCGCCGGCAAGCUGCUGCAGAACCAGUUCGCCAGCUGAAACGGCGGCCGCCUCUCACCGCAGUGCGCCAUGGCCGCAAGGCCUGGCCGGAGGGGGGAAGCUUCUGCACCGGCAGCUCGUUCCUCCUCCUCCUUUGGUCCUACCGCUGUACUUGUCAGUGUAUAAUCGUAUAUGAGGAGGUGAAACCGUAAAAAAAAUACGGAAAUGAGAUUAGUCUGUACAUGCAAGGCUUAGCAGGCAGGGCCCCACGUGUUAGUGAUAGCUUCAGGCUGGGUUACAUGGUUGGUUCUUGCUGUAACUGUAAAGGGUGGUGAAAUCACUCAUCAGAAAUGUUACAGGCCUCGUCUCGUCUUUAUUUGA